GAAAACUCAAGGCGAUGAAACCCGGCAUGCAACAGAACCAUCGCAUUCUCACCUUGCAGUACUGGUUCGUUUUGUGAAUGGCGCGAGUGGCUGGCUGGCCUCAUCUUAUUCUGAGGCCAAUUUGUUCUUUGUAGAUUUUUCGAUACCACCGUCUGCACGUGUUUAAUUAUAUAUCGUCUUUUCCACUGGUAUAAUUUGCCGUGUCGUUUGUGGAGUGUCUGGCACGCUCCAGGUGCUGUCUUGAAAAGAUGGCAGAUUCAGAAAAUGGUAUUGUAGCCAAGGGAGAGCAGCCAAGCAGCACGAGUCGACCGAGCCCUUCCCGUCAGUCAAAAAGGCGAGUUGGAUUUGUAAGAAGAGCAUUGAGUAUUAUCCUUCGGUUAGCGAUAUGGUACUCGUUAUUUACUGCAUUUUUCAGUUGUCCGACGAACCCGGAGGAACUGGACGAGCAUUCUCCACGAAUAUGCAAGCCAUACUUGAUUGUACGCUCGCAGUUGGAGCCGCACGUAGCUCCGUACUACAAAAUUUAUGGAGAACCAUACGUUGAGGUUGUGCGGCCUUAUGCGCACACUUUUCAUGACCACAUAUACGCCCCGGUUGCGAGCGUGUCGUCAAGUGCAUACUACACAUACGGUUCUCCUCGUGUAGAGCAAGGCUUGCGGUUUGUUGAAGAGAAAUGGGAUAUACUUGUUUCCCCGCAACUACGAUCCUUCAAAUCAUACGUCGCUGAGCUUUACAGUUCCGCGGUGGGGCCACAGGUUGGACAUAUCAAACAAAUCAUCGCGCCUCAAUACGGAAAUAUAUCAAGACAGCUGAUCAAGUUUCGGGACGGCUACCUAGUGCCAACAUAUGUUCGAGCUAAACCUAUCAUUGACAGGGUUUCCACUUCGGUCCAUAAAAUCUUAAUUGACACCGCGAUUCCCUAUAGUCGCAGAGUCUGGUCUAGCCUCGUUGUUUUGCUUAAUGGCACGCUACGACCACGGUUGGCUAGCUUGUAUUUCGAAAACGUCGAACCUCAGUUACUUAGGAUCGCGGCAAAACUCGCAAGCUACCGUGAAGGUGGGAAGUUGAAGCGUCUGCAGGAAGAAGAAAGCUUAACUGAAACCUUGAGUUCCACCACGAGCGCUUUCUCAUCGAGCAUAACCGCCGAGGCAUCCACUAUUUGGGAAACAACAAGCACUACGACUGAGUCAGCAGUCUCAUCUACGACAUCUCUAUCCCCAACACGAGCAAAGGCUCAGGAGCAGAUUACCAGCGAUUUAAGAGCAUGGCAGGAGAAGUUUGCGCUCGCUGCUGAUAAGGGCUGUGACGAGUUGGAAAAAGAGGUCCUAGCAAUUGUAGAUAAUAUGGGGAAAAGUGGUGCUGUGGAUGCAGGUGAAAGGCUUGUCUCCGAGCUGGAAGCCUUAUCACAACAGCAACUGCAAAAACUCAAAACUGAGAUCAAUAAUAUUGUUCGCGCUUUACCCGAAGAUGCGACCUCUAAAGAGGAGGAAGAAGCUCAGGAGACCAUGUUACAGUUGGUUAGGGCGUCGGGACUUGCUAUCAGGGAACAAGCACACUCAUUAAGAAUGUGGUUCGACGAAUACGAUAACGGACUCGUUCAACAUGUGACAGCGCUUGUUGGGUCCGCUCUCGAAAUUCUUGAUAACAUUCGUGACCUAGGUCUUCAGGAAAUCGGGAUGAGAUGGGCUUGGAUGGAUGGAGUAACCUAUAAGGAUUGGGCCAAAUUCCACGCCCUCAAAAAGCAAUUCACAGAUUGGCAGAGUGAAGUGAGUGAUGUUGGCAUGAACCAUGAAGCUUUCUUGGAAGCCAGAGCCACUGGCGAUGACAUCCUAUCUCGAGGGAUGGCCAUUGCAAAAUCGGCUGCUCAGGAGCUUCUCACCAUUAAAGAGGUUGGAGCCUGGAAGAUUCAAUCUGGGGACAGCAGCGACAAUUUUCAGACCGAUAUUAUAGAUCUCGCCAAAAUCCGCGCCAUGACAAGGUCUACGACAGCCACCGAGACUCCUUCUCUAGCAACUUCAACCGUAAGCGACGUUACCGGUGAAGAGUCAUCCAGAGCAACGGAAUCUCUAAGCCAGAUUUCGCAGGCCAAGCGUAUCGAGACGCAAAACCUAGAUUCUAUCCUACUCUCUGAAGCCAGCUCUCUAUUAUCUAGUGUUCUUGACCAGGUCGAAAAUAUCAAUGAUUCCGCCGAAUUUGUAGCCUCGUCUAAUCCCCCCAACAAACCCGAGGCUAUACACGAACAAGUGAACAAAGCAUACUCAAAAUCAGCACAAGAUGCAACGGCAUCACUCGAGUCUCUGGUGGCAGAAGGGUUGGAUGAUACAUCAAUGACUACCUCUCUGAAACCACAGCCGACCGCAAACAUCGUCGAAGAAGCCGCGCAACCCGAAUCGGCAGUCGUCGGCGGGGAUGAACGUGAUACACCAGCGGAUCAGUACCUUGUCGAUGACGACGUGGUUUUUGAAGAUGAUGGUGCCUCUCUUUCCAUUAGCGUGCCACCUAGAUCGGUGCAAGGAACGGGCAAUCCAUCAGUAAUCAUCGAUGUCGCGGAUCAACAACCAAUGGAAGCAUCGGUCGUCGACGCGGACUUGCUCCCAGAAAUCAGCAGUGAGAAGACUUCCACGGAAAAUACAAGGCAUGGGGUAAACCCUCCAAGUGACCAAAUACCUAGCUCAUCGGUACCGCCACCUCAAAAUCAACCUAUGGAAGAAACCUUUCAUGAUAUUGUCAAUGAGUCAUCCACAACACCUAGCUCUUCAAGUUAUACAGGUUGAUAUACCCUCAUCCUAGCUUAACAAGCUUGCCCAAUCGACUGCCAACGAUGAGCGAAAAGGCGCAAAGAGCUUUUCAGUCCGGCAGGUGGAGUCCUCGUGGCCUCUACGCCCGAAUCAUCGAUGGAGUUUGCUCAUCAAGGUUGACAAACCCGGCUGAGACCAAAAAUGGAGGCCUGCCUUCCAAAAUUCGUACAGCCACCAAAACGAAAGCGAAAAUUCCACAUCCAGUGGAUCAUUUAGUUAUAUACACUUUUGGAUGAAAGGUCCAGCUGGCGGUCUUUAUCUAUCAGAGUUCGAUUUAGCGGUGUUUUCUUUUUUCUUUUUGUGUCUUCAAGAUUUAUUUCGGAUUGGAAGGCUAAAAUAUUGUUUGCAUUGU